AUGGCGGCUUCUUUUGAGAAAUCGGUGAAGGCAUGUGUUAAGCUCCGUUCAAUUGUUGCGUCUGGCGUUGUUUGGUUUAUAGUGGCUCGAGGAGAGCGCUGGUGGAAUCAGACCGGAGUGGAUAGUGGGCAAAAUUUAAAUAAUGGUGCCACCAAAGUCAAGCUUGCAGCUCCAAAAUCGAAAUAUGUUGAACACAUCCUUAUCGCGACUCAUGCAGGAGAAGCCGGAAUUGCAGAGGUCUUUCGAGCGCUCAAUAACAGAGUUAAAGACCAAACGUGGACGAUUGUUUUCAAGUCGCUCAUCAUCGUUCAUCUAAUGAUACGCGAAGGGGAGCGAGAAGUAACUCUCCGUUACCUUCGCAAGCACCCCCGAUUAAUAACCGUCAGUCAUUACUCGGAUGCCCAGGAGCAAGGGCGAAACAUCCGUCACUACUCACAGUACUUGUUGGAGAGGGCCAGAACUUAUGGAGAUGUGAGGACGGACUAUGUUCGCAGUGGUGAGGGAAGACUUAGGAAGUUGAGCAUUGAGAAGGGGCUUUUGAGAGAGGUCGAGUGUGUCCAGACCCAAAUCAGGGCACUAUUGAAGUGUACGUUCCUCGAUGAUGAUGUCGAUAACGAAAUUUCUCUUCUGGCCUUCCGAUUGUUGGUUAUGGACCUUUUAGUUCUGUUCCAUGUCGUGAAUGAAGGUGUCAUCAAUGUUCUUGAACACUAUUUCGAGAUGUCACGUUACGACGCCGAAAGAGCCUUAGAGAUCUACAAGACGUUCACCAAGCAAACGGCUGACGUCGUCGAAUAUCUGCAGCAAGCCCGGGGAGUAGAAACGGCGACCCGCCUUCAGAUCCCCAACUUGAAGCACGCACCAACCAGUCUCACAUCUUCAUUGGAAGAAUAUCUUCAUGAUCCAGAUUUUGAUGUCAAUAGGCGACAGUAUCUCGCUCAGCAAGAAGCGAAGAAGAGUGGGAAGCCUGUUCCCGCUGCAAAGCCAAAAUCGCCACCACCAGGGCAACAACCCAAAACCUCAGCAGCGCAACGCUUCCCGAGUCCCACUCCUGCCAACCCAGUGCCCGAGCAAGCCCAGCCGAAGCCUGUCGCCCCAGAUCUCAUCGAUUUCUUUGAGUCAAUUGAGUCGGAGCAGACUCACAUGUUUAGCAAUCAACCCACUAAUGGGCAACAAAUACAGAUGCCUCAACCUCAGAAUCAAUUUGCUCAACAAGCCCAGGUAGACUCUGCGUUUGGUGCUCAAAUGCAGCAGCAGUCUGCGCCCCAACAACCUUUUGUGGCACCUCCGCAACAGUUCCCUACACAAACAGGGCCCACGUUUGCAACUGGUUACCAAGCGCAGAACCCCUACAACCAAGUUGCCCAGCAACAACCCCUCCCCCCAAUUAUUCAAACGAACAACCUGCCGGCCAUACAACAAACACCUCAACAGAUACAGACAAGCUUUACCGGAGCAGGGUUUGGAGGCUAUACUCCAUCAGAUCAAAAUUCUGUAACUGCCCCCUUAAUGUCUACGGUCCCGCAACGAUUCAACCAACCCAUCCAACAACCUAACUAUCAGCAGCCCCAGCAUCAACCCCAGCAGCAGCAGCAGUCUCUUUCUCCUGCCGUUAGUUUGUCCACUGGUGCGACAGAUACCAAUCCAUUUCGGCAAUCAAUGAUGAUGACCGGGUCUGUCUCAACAGCUCCAUCUCUCUACGCAACAUCACCACCCGUGUCCGCACAGCCUAAAUCUACAAAUCCGUUUGCGAGACAAGCAUCACCCACUAAUUUGUCUCCGACAUCUCCUCCCUCCGCAUAUCCUAUUUCAACGCAAUCUACAUCUGCAUACCCUCAGGCAAUGCCAAUAUCGGCGCAACCCACAGUGCGCUCAAUGCCCACAGGGACUAAUCCCUUUGCAAGGAGUGUGUCGAGUGCUGGAACUGGAUUGACAGUGCCUGUCAACGCAACAGGUACGAGUGUGACAAACCCCUUCAGACAGAGUAUAAUGGCCCAGCAGCAGCAGAACGGUGCAGCCCAGGGGACAAUGGGUGCGUGGGAGGAACCCAGAAACUCAGCCAGUUUUCGCCAGGAAUAACAGAACCGAUGGCUCGGAUACAAGCCAACAGCAGCAGCAGCAGCAGGGGAGACAGGGUCGUGACAGGAUCAAGUCCAUGUAGUAGAAGACUGUGCCAUUGUUUUCGGCGAAAAGGCAUAGUUUUCUCAGUUAGCUGCGUGUGUGACUCAUAUUUGGCAAUUAUGGCGGAUUUGUUUUGUUUCUUUUACGGUGCGAAAUGGUAGCUGACCGGCUGGUUGCCGAAGCAUAAGAGUGGCGGUUCCUAUUUAUUUCUUG